UCCCGGACUCGAGCGUGGAAGAGCCCCCUUCCACUCUCUGAGCUCUCCUUCACCCUCAGAUUUUUGUUUAGUCAUUUAAUUGAGAGUUGCAUUGAAGGGGAAACCUCGAUUUUUCUUAAUUUUGUCAACUGAUUGAAGCACUCCCUCAUGGAUUUCACAAUUGCAUGUAAAUCAAGCAAAAUUGGAACUUAACAUCAAGCGGUGUGGGUUAAUAGAAAUUGUCAAAGGUAAAAAGUUGUUCUUUUAUGUUAUAGACAGGAUGUUGCCCUUCGAUCCAUCGAAAAGGAAUUCUUUUCAGCGUCAAAUCUGCGACGGCGAUCUGGUUAUUGUGUAUGAAAGGCAUGACAGUAUGAAGGCCAUCAAAGUAAAUAAUGGUUCGGAGCUUCAGAACAGAUUUGGGGUUUUUAAGCAUGCAGAUUGGAUAGGGAAGCCUUUUGGGUCUAAGGCACUAAGCACGAAGGGUGGGUUUGUCUAUCUAUUAGCCCCCACGCCCGAGUUAUGGACUUUGGUAUUGAGCCACAGGACUCAGAUUCUAUACAUUGCGGAUAUUAGCUUCGUGGUUACCUACCUUGAAAUUGUCCCUGGCUGUUUGGUUCUUGAGUCGGGAACGGGAAGUGGGUCUCUUACAACCUCUCUUGCUCGGGCUGUUGCACCUUCGGGUCAUGUUCACACGUUUGAUUUUCAUGAGCAGAGGGCGACCUUGGCUAGGGAAGAUUUUGAGAAAAAUGGAAUGAGCAGCUUGAUAACAGUAUUUGUUCGAGACAUUCAAGGGGAAGGAUUUCCCGAGGAAUUCUGCGGUACUGCUGACUCGGUGUUCCUUGACCUCCCUCAGCCUUGGUUAGCAUUGCCCUCCGUGGCAAGAAUGUUGAAGCAAGAUGGCGUUGUCUGCUCGUUUUCUCCUUGUAUUGAACAAGUGCAGCGCUCUUGUGAAACUUUACGAGCAAAAUUUACAGAUAUAAGGACUUUUGAGAUACUCCUUCGGACAUAUGAAAUUAAAGAAGCGCGGAUAAAGGUUGAGGAAGAGGAUAAAGGCUCGCCUGUAGGAUCUCUCCCUUAUAAAAGAAGGCAGUAUUCAUCCAGCGAGGAAAACCACGAAUGCAUGGAGAAAACUAACUCGAUCAUGGCUAGACCGUCCAGAGAGACAAAAGGGCACACUGGGUACUUAACAUUCGCUAGGCUUGCAUGUAUUUGAUAAUAUGAUAACGAUUUUGGAUUCAGUAGUUAUUUGUACUAAUAUAUCUGUAUGCUUAUGUACAAUAUGGCAUGGCACCAGAAGAUUAUUCCGGCGCAAUAAUUUCUAAACAAACUACUUAAGAGUAUUUAAUGGUUGACAGUGAAUUACUUUUUC